GCUGCCUGCGGGAACGCGCACGCGUUUUGCUGCACCUCAGGUACGGAGCGGUUCCAGCAGUCGUUUACCGGGCCGUUUCUCCGUUUCCGUCGCCGUGGACCGGCUGAAAGACGCAGUUUGUGAAGAAUGGUGCGCAUUUGAUGGAUUUGUUCUGAGGUUUGUAACGUUUAAAAUCAGCGGGUUUGAGAGCAUCAUCUCAUGGAGUUUACUGCGCACCAUAGCCGCUUCGUGAGUUCCAGCGAUGGAAGACUGACCCAUGUGUGACUUCACAAAGCAACAUGCCGAUCAGCCAUGCUUCCCUCGCUGAUCUCAAUCCAGGACGCUCAACUCUUACUGCUGUCUUGCACUCUUUCUCUUCUCUUGGAUAGUUUGAACAUCAAGGUACAUCAAUACAACCAGAAAGACGGAUGAUGUUGGGAAAAAGAUGAAACAAGGACUCGUAAGUUAAGAAGACAAACUCAAGGUACAGAUGCAUUAUGGCAGCUGAAUCACCUCAGCGGCUGCAGUCACAUAUCUGGUUCGGAGGAGAGUGACGGUUGAAUGAUGCAGCGAGGUGCAGGCAUCGUGGGAAACGGUGGUCAGCCAUGGGUUCUGCGGCGAGUGCGGCUUACCUGGCUCAGUUUUAUGCUCUUUUUCAUUUUGGUAUUUUUCCCUCUCAUUGCACAUUACUACCUCACCACGAUCGAUGAAGCAGGCGGGCCAGAUAAACGCAUUUUUGGGCCACGACCCGGAGGAGAGUUGUGUGAAGCGAAGCACGUGCAAGACCUGUGCCGUAUACGGGAAUCCGUCAGCGAGGAGCUUCUUCAGCUGGAGGCCAAACGGCAGGAGCUCAACGGCGAGAUAGCCCGACUUAACCUACGCAUUGAGGCGUGCAAACGUAGUAUAGACAGUGCAAAACAGGACCUGCUGCAACUUAAAAAUGUCAUCAGCCAGACCGAACACUCUUAUAAAGAACUCAUGGCACAAAACCAGCCCAAACUCUCUUUGCCAGUUAGACUUUUACCCGAUAAGGAUGAUCCUGGGUUUCCUCCUCCAAAAUCAGCCCAGAGUUGUCGCUUGCACACUUGUUUUGAUUACGCCAGAUGCCCUCUUACAUCUGGCUUUCCCGUCUACGUUUAUGACGCGGGAUCGUAUCCAUGGGGUGAAAAGUUGGACCCGCUUGUUAAGCAAGCUUUCGCAUCAUCUGUCAAGAGCAGCGUAUAUGUGACCGAUAAUCCCAAUAUUGCUUGUUUGUAUGUAGUGCUGGUUGGGGAGAUUCAAGAGGCGCCCUCCUCUUCACCUCCUUCACCUUCAGAUCUCGAAAAGCAGCUCAAAGCAUUGCCAUAUUGGCGGAUGGAUGGACAUAACCACCUGCUCGUCCACCUGUCGAGAAAGUCUCUGACGCAGAACUUCCUGUACAACGUGAGCGCGGGACGGGCGGCAGUGGCACAGUCCACAUUUUUCGAGCAACAGUACCGAGAGGGUUUCGACAUGGUGGUGUCUCCACUGGUCCACGCCCUGUCUGAACCCAACUUCCUGGAGGUGCCUCCACAAGUGCCAGUAAAGAGGAAGUAUCUCUUCACGUUUCAGGGAGAAAAGGUGGAGUCUUUGAGAAGCAGCUUGCUUGAAGCUCCUCCACAGUCCUUCGAAGAGGAAAUGGAAGGGGAUCCACCAGCCGACUACGACGAUCGUAUUAUCGGCACCCUUAAAGCUGUACAGGACAGUCACCUAGACCAGGUUCUCAUGGAAUUUACGUGCAAGAAUCAAGCCAAGCCAAGUUUACCAACUGAGUGGGCGUUGUGCGGAGAGCGUGAGGAUCGUUUGGAGGUACUGAAGGUGUCUACUUUUGCUUUGGUGAUAUCUCCAGGUGAUGGGCAGCUGGUGGCUACCGCUGGCUGUAGCGUGAGACUGUUUGAGGCUUUGGAAGUUGGGGCAAUACCUGUUGUUCUUGGUGACCACUCAAAGUUACCCUACAAUCACCUCAUCCGCUGGAGCGAGGCUGUUAUUAUGGUACCCAAACCACGCAUUACAGAGCUCCACUUUCUCUUACGUAGCAUCUCAGACAACGACCUUCUGGCUAUGCGACGACAGGGUCGAUUUCUUUGGGAGACGUACUUCUCCACUUCAGAGAGCAUCUUCAACACUAUCCUGGCUAGCGUGAGGACCAGCAUUCAGAUACCGGCAGCACCCAUACGUGAGGAGCCCGCUCAAGAGAUUCCUCACAAAGCUGGAAAGUUGGCAGGAACCGAUGCCAACAUGGCGGAUAAUGGCGACCUUGAUCUAGGACCCGUUGAAGUUGAGCCUCCGUACGCAUCGCCACGCUUCUUACGCAAUUUCACGUACACUGCUGCCGACGUGUACCGCACCUGGAAUCGUGCACCGGGACCUUUCCAUCUAUUCCCACAUACUCCCCUAGACCCUGUACUUCCUUCAGAAGCCAAGUUUCUGGGGUCAGGGACUGGUUUCCGUCCUAUCGGUGGAGGUUCAGGAGGAUCUGGGAAAGAGUUUCAGGCGGCUCUCGGAGGUAAUGUACCGCGGGAACAGUUCACUGUGGUUAUGCUUACCUAUGAACGGGAGGAGGUGCUUAUGAACUCACUGGAGAGACUGAAUGGACUUCCUUAUCUCAAUAAAGUGGUGGUCGUGUGGAAUUCCCCUAAACCACCUUCAGAUGACCUCCUUUGGCCAGACAUUGGGCUGCCUAUCGUGGUGGUACGAACAGAGAAGAACAGCUUAAACAAUCGCUUUCUUCCCUGGGAUGCAGUUGAGACCGAGGCUAUACUGUCUAUCGAUGAUGAUGCUCAUCUUCGACAUGAUGAAAUCAUGUUUGGGUUCAGGGUGUGGCGGGAGGCCAGAGACCGGAUCGUGGGAUUUCCGGGAAGAUUUCAUGCCUGGGAUGUGAACCAUCAGUCUUGGCUCUACAAUUCCAACUACUCGUGCGAGCUCUCCAUGGUCCUGACGGGAGCCGCCUUCUUUCAUAAGUAUUACGCGUACCUUUAUUCAUACGUCAUGCCUCAGGCCAUUCGUGAUAUGGUGGACGAGUACAUCAACUGUGAGGACAUCGCCAUGAACUUCCUCGUGUCACAUAUAACACGCAAACCCCCUAUCAAGGUGACGUCCCGCUGGACCUUCCGCUGUCCCGGCUGUCCGCAGGCUCUGUCACAUGAUGAUUCUCACUUUCACGAGCGUCACAAGUGCAUCAACUUCUUCGUGAAAGUCUACGGAUACAUGCCGCUGUUAUAUACUCAGUUUCGAGUAGACUCUGUACUCUUCAAGACACGACUGCCACACGACAAGACUAAGUGUUUUAAAUUCAUAUAGCGCAGGACAAAACAAGCACAUCUCUCUGGGAAUGUGAAGGGAAUAAUAGCUUUUUUGUAAAUAUCGGAGGAUUUUACUUUGCAUUUGUCUUCCUUGAAGAAAGGGAGAACGAUUACAGGCUGAGAAACAUUUUUAACUCGUGCGGGAUUCAUUAGCAACCACUACAGGCUUGAUUUGCACCACUCGACCGGGACAGCUCUACGUCAAACUAACGUUACGAUCAUGUUACACUGACAAAACAAACAAACUGAGACUCUGUGAUGACGUAUCUGGGAAGUAUCAUGAUUUUAGACUUCUUUUGCAUAUACACACUCAUGUAUGAAACGCACUGAUGGCUUUUUUACUCGCGUGUGUGUGCGUGCGUGCGUGCGUGCGUGUGUGUGUGUGCGCGUGCGUGCGUGUUGUGUAGCGUAGCAUGAGUGUGACUACAUGUCACUAACCCCAGUGAAGUCGCUGUUGAUCGUCAGAUUAGGAAUAGCACAAGAAUAAACAGGAGGAUUUAAACAGAUCUGCAUAGGAAUAGCACCAAAUCAAACUCUUGAAUGUUUUCAAGUCGUAUAAGAAAAUCAAACGUUCCUCAUGUAACCUGUUACAGAAUAAUCAGCUAAUGCAUUGUGAUGUCUGGCUCGCGUGCGCAAUCUUGAAGGAGCUCGUGUGAUUUCUGACACAAACGGCAGGAUCGUAUUUUACCUUAAUAAAAAAGUACAAAUCGUUUUUUGCGUUGAGAAAUUGAAAUCUGUUUCUAGUAACACUGAGAUUGUGUUGCAUUGAUUUCUUUUUCAUUACAUGAGCACAUUUCCUCACCAGGUCUUAUUAUUGCUUUGCAAAUCUCUCAUUGCUUUAAUACCAUACACUGUAAUUGCUGUUUAGUAAAAAUAUCUAUCAGCAUGAAUUGGAUUCAGUACAUCAAAUGCGAUCAUAAUGAACUGUACUUCCUGUUUUAUGUCCAGAUUACAGCGAUGGCAUUUCAUGGGGAAAUGUGCUUGUCAUGAAGUUAAUGUCAGUGUGCAGAAAUCUCAAUGGUCCUAAACAAUUCACUUUCUUGAAGCAAUGUAUAAUGUAUUUCACUCUGAUGGUUAAACAUCUGAGUUUUUAUGAGUGUGUUUGUGACACUGUAAGAUGAUUUGGAGAGCAGAUGUCAGAAACUCUCACGUGAGAGCGAUGGCGGUUAAUUAUAUAUUGUACCGGGUCACUUCUGCCACCCUGGAGAUAUCCAUGCUGAAAUACCUGACAAUAUUCUGCUGUUUUUCUUUUUCAUUGGUCCAUUCACAAUCGUUUUUUUCUGACACUUAACAGGUACGUAAAGGAAAAUGACAUCACAGUUGUAAAUGUACGUGUGUUUUUAAACACUUUAAUGUGACUCUGUUCCGCUCGGUGAAGAGGAACAUGUAUGAUUGAAGACGGAUUUUUCUGGCCAUUGUUUUGUAAUAAGUAUGUAUAAGUCUUUUGAACAAUCUGGAUCCAGGCCAUGAUGUUUUUAUUUGUUGCAUGGCCUUUGGGAUGGGAGCAUCAGUCAACAGUAGUUAAGUGUCAUUAAAUGCCAGCAGAUGUUCUUCAAGCACACUAAUAAACCAGCCAUCAGCUUUCAUUCUGGUGAACAUCUCCAUCAGUCCAGCGUCAGUGUGUUCACGCACCACAAAUCCAUCUCAACCAGGGCAAAGAAUCAUUUUUGUUGUCAAAUAAAUUUUAGUUCUUAAAUACUGUUGUGGCUGUUUUUAUGAUGCUAAAGUUUGAUAAAUUUGUGGGUCGUGCCAGGUGGCUUUAUUUUGUAAAUAAAAUAAUUAAAGCUCCAGUCUGUAACUUUAGCCCAUCUUUGUUUAAAGUCCCAGUCUAAUAAAACAUGACAAUGCCUAUUUUUUCAUG